ACUCAGGUUUCUGGCCGGGGAGGACGCCGGGGCUUGGAAAACCUGCAGGCCUGUAAAGCUCUGGUUGCACCGCGUGUCCCGCGAGCAGGCCCUGCGGAUGGCGUCUGGGCUUCACUAGAGAAGGCAUGAGAGCUGGAGGCGCCCCCGGGGGCCGAGCCCUUUGCUAGCAGCUGGCCUAAGGCCCUUCCUUGGGUUCCUUUUUUAAAUGCAAAGAGAUGGAAAGUGCUGUUUGGAAGGCAAAGAAGAGGGUCCUCCCGCCAUGGAUGGCAGCGAGGGAAGUGGAGCCAAGAAAGACUAUGUCAGCAGUGAGAGCCAAGAGGGUGAAGAAGCCAGCUGUGGCAAGAACCAUGACUGUCUAUUGCAUGAACGAAGCAGAGCUGGUGGACGUGGCAUUGGGGGUCCUGGCCGAGAAUUGUAAAUACAAGGAAAUGGAGGGGAACGUUCCAUCUGAAACCAAAGAGGAGCAGGAAAGCCAGCAAACGCCGAUGGAGCCUCAGUGGAGUCCAGCAAGCAGUGGCGGGGCCAGCACCCCCAGGCCCUGUGCUCAGCCAGAUACUUCGGGCUGUACUAGCAGGACAGACACUGAGGAUGACGAGGAUGAUGCUUUGAAAUACGUCCGGGAGAUAUUUUUCAGCUAACAUCUUGUGGGUUUUUUUUAAGCAGAGCAAAAAUAAUACCAAGGGAGAGGGUGAGGCAGACCCAAAGGCUGGCUCCAGUGGGUGGGGAUACAGCAAUGUGGGGCUGUACGGAUGCCCCCAGUGUCCUCCCAAUUCAAAGGGAGCCUGGAGCCGUGGUGUGGAUGGGGCCCCAGGAGAAGGGAGCAGGUGAGAAUGUCUGAGAGGAGCUCGCCCUUGUGCUGCCAUGAGCUGCAUGGCCAAUGUCUGGUUCAAGUACAGCCCUUGCUCAGCCUCUCACCUACCCCUAACACUUACCCCUUCAUAGCCUAUUCCUUGUGAGCCACAGGUCCCCUCCUCUGCAGGCCAGCUUCUCAGCUGAUACUAAAUGGCCUCCUGAGUGUCAGUCUCUGCCCAGAAGUCAUGGAGACUGAACUCCCCUCCCACUUCUGGGGUGGAGCUCGGCAGGGCAGGCACUUGAAGGUGUGGGGGAGACUUGCUGUGUAGCAACCCGUGAUCUGUGAGUAAACAGUUUGUUCUGCAGGGUUGUCAUUGGGGCACCUUUUAUCAGUAUUAUAUUAACUUUGAAAGGUUAUUAAAACAUUUAAUGUCUCAUUUAAAAACAAGUGUGCGUGUGCUCUGACUGCACCAUGAGCCACCCUGUGCUGUCUCCUCCCCCACCUGUUAGUGUGAUAUCACCUGUUAGUGUGAUAUUUACCUGAUCUGUCAGUGGACCUGCAUUGUCUCUGCUUGAUGACCAGGCGAGCCAGAGAAGCAAACCGGAUCCAUUGCCUACGGCAGAUGUGUUCACAAGCUCCCCCUGCUGUGCCUGGUUUAAAUGCACUUUAGUCAUAAUUUCUGCAUCUACCCACAACUCUUAAUACCCACUGUGUAUCUACCUCAGGCAGGAGUAGUAGUGAGCAGAGAGUGGUUAGUUUGCAAACGAUCGCUCACAAGGCAUAUUGUGCACAAAGAUUAUUGCAAUGGUGCGAAUACAGGGGGCUUUGAAUGCACAUGUGUUACUCAACCCGAGAGUAGAUAUGGCACAAGCUGAACAUGUUCUACAACAUUGCACCAGCGUGCUCCAGCUCUGCGCUAGUCAGUCCUUGGCCUGAGCCUACCAGACAGCGGGGAGAGGCCCAGUGGUGCUUUCUGCCCAGCUGGGACCUACAAACUGUGUGGUGAUGCCACUGUCUCAUUUGCCAUGAACAAGUAGCGGGUGGUGAUAGUUAGCUCUGAUCCUCACUCAUAGAGACUAAAUCUGUGCUACGGGGAAGGCUCAGCACCUGUUUCCCAACUGUCUGAGCUGCAUUUUCUGCCAUGUUAACAUAUAAAAUAUGAGCAUCUAAUCUGAAAUAUUUUGCGGGCGGGUUUGAAUGCACACUGCUGUGCUGGAAAAGGUUUUCCACUGUCAUCGUUUUGGCCUCCUCUUUUUCAGUCUCCUGGCUAAGAUCAAAGAUAGUAACACAUCUUUUACUGGUCUCACUCCCCAUCCACCUCCCCAGCUCCCUGUCCCUUGACCACCCCCGCCACCUCAUCCAACCCCCUUGCCUUCGUGACAGCCCCUCAGGGAUCCUCACCCCCAUUCAACCCUCUGUUCCCUGCUCUCUGAUUGCCCUGACCCCUAUCCACACCCUCACCCCCUGACCAUCCCCCUGAACUCUAGCCAACCCCCUCUGCUCCCUGCCCCCUUACCACACUGCCUGGAGCACCGGUGGCUGGCGGUGUUACAGUUGUGCCAGCCUGUGGGAGCCAGCCACACCACUGUGCAGCACAGAGCACUGUGUCAGGCCAGACUCUGCAGCUGUGCCACCCAGA